AUGGCACCGAUUCAUAAGGUCGCUUUGGUGCAGACGCAUCCGAAGCCUGUAUCGCCGGCAGAGAACUUCGAGAAGGCAGCUUCAUUCAUCCGAGACGCGGCGGCGAAGGGAUGCCACUUGGCAGUCUUGCCAGAAUACCACCUUACUUCAUGGGUCCCCGAUGAUCCGGCAUUCAAGGAUUCCUGCUCGGACUCGGCCACAUACAUCAAGAAAUAUCAAGACCUCGCUAAAGAGCUGAGUAUCUGCAUCGUCCCAGGGACAAUCGUCGAGUCAGAGGCCGAGUCCCUGCAGAACAUCGCCUACUUCAUCUCCUUCGACGGCACCAUCGCCGGGCGGUAUCAGAAGAAGAACCUAUGGCACCCCGAAAGACACCACUUGGUCUCGUCGGCCCAUGAGCCGCACCAGGCCUUCGACACUCCACUGGGCCGUGUCGGGCUGCUGAUCUGCUGGGACAUCGCCUUUCCGGAGGCGUUCCGAGAGCUUGUCACGGACGGAGCAGAGAUCAUCUGCGUCCCUACCUUCUGGACGAUGAAGGAUGUUUCGGACGACUCGUACAACCUGAACCCAGACGGAGAGGCGCUGUUCCUCAACAGCACCGUCGUGACCCGUGCCUUUGAGAACACGUGCGCCGUCGUGUUUGUCAAUGCGGGAGGCCCGCCGGAGAAGGGGAAUGACACAAACUUUGCGGGGGUCAGUCAAGUCACUGUGCCGCACAUCGGACCGAUGGGGAGGUUGGGACGCGCGGAGGGCAUGUCGAUUGUCGAUUUGGACAUGGACGUGUUGAGGAUUGCUGAGGGCAGUUACAAGGUGCGGGAGGACAUGAAGAGGGAAGGGUGGCAUUAUGCAUAUACGCAGAUGAGGGAGGAUAACAGCAAGUUGUAG